AUGGCAGCAUUGCGGAUUAUGGCACUGUUGGCUGCGCUGGCGGUUCUCCUGUCUCUGUCCUGGGCGCAGCAAUUCCCUGGUACCCAGAUGUUCACCAACUAUACAGGCUUGAGUACAGACUGCCAGCAGGCAUUGGCAACAAAUGUGACAUGUUCUCCGUAUCUGGGUGUUGUCUCGGAAAAGUACGUUGAGUUAUGA